AUGUUGUUUGACUGGACCAAUGAGCCACUGGCCGCGCUCGAGCCAUUGGACGAUGUGCUCCUGAAUCAACAUCAGUCAUGUCUCGGAAGUGGGCCUGAGGAAGAUCUAUCUCCGGCAGAUCUGGGUCUACUGCACGAUCACUACUUCAAUUCCGUCUACUAUUCCUUCCCGUUCGUGAGCAGAGACAGAUUUAUAACGGAUUCGACGAGUGGUGGCAGUCCUGCGACAAGUGCCCUGGUUUACGCUGUUGCUCUCGCCGGCUGCGCCCACUACCUUGGAGAUACAGAGCGACAGGCGACGUGCUACAACCUUGCGCGUGACUAUGUUGAAAGGUGUGAACGAAAAGAUCUUAUGAAAGACAUGAACUGCCUCCAGGCUUUGUUACUGAUAGGCCGCUUUGAGGCCAUGAGUCGGAAAUUGGAGAGAAGCUGGUUGACGCUAGGACGCGCCGCUAUGCUCUGUAGGCUUCUGAGAUUGCAUCAGAUGGAUGCAGUUAGGCAUGAUCAAGGAAUUCAAAACGGAAAGAAAGAUAGUGGGAUUCUAUCGGGGUUGCCAUAUACGGAAGACGUGGCUCUGUUAGAAGAGCGACGAAGGACUUUUUGGGCCUUAUACAUUCUGCAGAGCUAUGUCAAAACACGGACAGGCUGGGAUUGUCAAUUGGGAGACGUCAAGGACUUCCGUGUCUGCCUGCCAUCGCCAGGGUUGUUAAGUUCCGACCUAGAGCCGCUCAAGAUGCCAUAUUUGCUAGAUGUGAGCACCGAGUCCGGCUUUGAGAUUACGUCCUACGCAGGCUGUGUUCUCAUGGUCGAGCUAGCUUUGUCCUGCUUCGACCGUGAUCAACAGCACGGCAUUCCAGGUUUCUGGGACGGCUAUUGCACCCUAGUCAAGAAGGCAGAAGACCUUUCUGUUAUUCUCAAACAUCAUCUUAACGCCACAUCCAUUCGCCAAGACCCAAUAGCUUUUAGCCUUUACAUGAACUUGCGCGCUACCGAGAUCUUCUUACACGAUAUGGCCAUCAUGAAAAGCGAAGAGCAAGGACUUCCACCAUAUAUGAGAAUCGAGAACCAACGCCGCGCCACUGCCGCUGCAUUCCAGAUAUGUAACGCAGUAGGCCUCAAUUUGCCGUCACCACAGAAGGCAGAUAGCGACAUUAUCAUGCUGCAAGCGAUCUUCAUUGCUUGGCCCUUAUUCAUGGCAUUGAAAGCGUUACAUCGCGAACUCAGAGAUGGAGAGGUUCAGAAAACUACAAACGGCGUCGUGGCCGCGUCCAAAUUGCUCUUCGUAGCUCUAGACCAUAUUGAGGAAUCGGACGGACACUGGCACCAAUCGUUGACCCAUGUUGGUACAAAACUGCAGGAAUGGGAAGAGAAGACUGAGUUCAACUCAUCGGCUCUGUGA